AUGACACAAUUAGAAGAUGCAUAUGAAAAGAAGAAAACCGAAUCACAAGCAAAAGAAGUCCAGUUGCCAUGUGAAGCUGGUGUUGGAUUUAAGAAAAGAAAAGGUAUUUCAACACCUAUUGAAAGAGCUUUUGGUGAUGAAAUUAGGGACGAACUGGAUCAAGAAAUAGCUAGAAUGUUUUAUACCGGAGGUUUACCUUUUAAUCUUGCAAGAAAUCCACACUAUGUUAGGGCUUUUCAGUUUGCUGCUAACAACAAAAUUGAUGGUUAUGUACCUACUGGUUAUAAUAAGCUAAGAACAACAUUACUACAAAAAGAAAAAGAUAAUGUUCACAAGCCAUUGGAGCCACUUAGGUCUACAUGGAAAGAAAAAUGUGUGACUAUUGUGAGUGAUGGCUGGAGUGAUCCUACCAGAAAACCUCUAAUCAACUUCAUGGCUACCUCAGGUAAUGGUCCUUUGUUUCUAAAGGCAGUGAAUUGUUUUGGGGAAGUGAAAGAUAGAUUUUUUAUUGCUGAAUUGAUGAAGGGAGUCAUCAAUGAAAUUGGUCAUGAAAAUGUUGUGCAAAUAAUUACUGACAAUGCACCAAAUUGUAAGGCGGCUAGAGAGAUUAUAGAGAUUUCGUUGGAUAAAAGAAGUUCACGAAGAGGCGUUUGCAAUAAAAAAAAUUACGUCAAGAACCAUAACAUGAGGUUCUCGAUUUUCACCAAGUUUACUCCUCUUAGGCUGCUUUCUGUUGCUGACACUCGCUUUGCCUCCAUCAUUGUGAUGCUUAAGAGAUUGAAACUUAUCAAAAGCAGUCUUCAAGAUAUGUUCAUAAGCGAAGAAUGGUCUUCUUAUAGAUUAGAUGACACUGAGAAAGCAAACGCUGUGAAAGAAUAUAUUUUGAAUCAUGAUUGGUGGGAUAAAGAUUUUAUGAUUGAGAAAGUGAACAUUGAGAUCCACAAGAAAGAAAAACGUCCGACAUCUCAAAUAAGUUGUUUUUAUGACGUUGUGCAUCGUAUUUUAGUGGCUCGAUGGGCGAAGAAUAACACUCCCCUACAUUGUUUAGCUCACUCUUUACAUUCAAGAUAUUAUAGUGAUGCAUGGUUAAUGGAGGAUUCUACAAGAUGCCAUCCACAUAGGGAUUGA